CGUCGGCAUCGGAACUUUAAAAUUGUCAACAACGCCGUCCCGCAGAAGAGGAGCUGCUCUUUUUCCUACAAUUACAGAGCUGCCGCUGCGGUCUCUCCCCUGCAAGGUGGUGAUUAUGCGGCCGGCUCUGCGUCUGUAAAAGCCCGCUCUCACAGAUCUCAGUCCAGGCUUCUGGCGGUGCAUUCCUCCGAGGUGUUUGCCUGCUGUGAUGGAGGCCGGUGGAUCCCUUGCCGGUGACGUUCUGCUCGGUCAGCCCUGGAUCCCAGUGAGCGUCAGUGGCUGCCAGCUCCUGGCCAAGAGCUGGUUUGGUGAAACAACGUACCACAUCCUGCUGAGUGAUCUGCACUCUGUAUGGGAGGAGAGGAUGGACGCUGAAGCAAUCCAGAUCCGAGCAAAAGAUCUUAACAAGCGCCUACAAGCCCCGGUCAAAGCUUUUUUCUCAUACCUGUACGAGGUGGUUCAGCCUUUCCUGUCGGGAGAUAACAGUGGAGCUGACAGUAAAGCUCAGAUAUCCCUGACGAAACAGGAGGGCGGGAACAUCAGCAUUGGGCUGAAGAGCAAGCUGGAAGGACUGCCUUUCCACUGGGAGUUUCACUGCAUCCCUGCUCCUGUCACUUUGGUGUGUGUUCAGCUGGUGCGCCCUCUGCUGGCCAUGAGCAGGCUGCUCCAGCAGCAGGUGGACCAGCUGGGAGGUCUGCUGGUCAGGAAAGAUGCAGAGAUCCUGGACUACAAAGAGAAUGGAGCCACCCUCACCAGAGAGCGCCUUCAGACGGAUGUGUUUGAGGAGCACACCUUCAGACAGGACUUCAUGGCAAAGGCUCUUCCUCUGCUGUGUGCCGAGCGGCCGGACGUUCUGGGCUUCGAUGCGGACCUCCAGCGGCUGUACGGCGCCGUCGUCACUCACAGAACCGCGCGGAAGCGCAAACUGCCCGAGGAGCGCGUCGUCGAGGAGCUUCAAACCGAAGGAGCAGCGCUCUCCUCAUCUCCAGCCAAAUCUGUCGGGGUUGACACAGCCGGAGACGACAGAAAACAGAGCCACAAUGGCCAGGUGGACGAAGCAGAAGCCAAAACGGCCAGCAAGCAAACCGUCCCACAGUCUCUGGCUGUCUCCUCCGAGCCGGCAGAGCGACCGUCGACCAAAUCCAAGAAGAAGAAGAAGGUGGGACUGUUCAGAUGAGCCGGAGCAGUACAACACACACACACACACACACACACACACACACACACACACAGACUGACGACAAAUUACAUGUACAUUCACCACACACUGGCUUUUAAAUCUCAUUCCGUCGCCUGCCUUUAAAAUCUUGAUUUCUUUACAUUUUACCGAGAAGAUCGCCUUUUUUUUUUUUUUUUUUUUUUUUUUUAACACUAGAUGGUUUUAUCAUGAACAUUUUUAGAUUAAAGGUGUAAUAAACUAUCAAGAUUUGUUAUUUUUAGGGUAUUUUAUACUUAGAGAUUGUCUUUUU